CUCAGCGACGUGAUUGUAUGGUGGCGAGUGUAUGCCAUAUGGGGAGGGAACAGGUUCAUCACUGUGCUCGGACUUAUAGUCCUUCUUCCAUCAAUUGAACUCGGCGCCGGGUCUCUCUUCAUAAAUUCUAUCUGGGGAUUAAUGGGAGACCUACUCAGUGUCACCUUCGUCAACCUCUUGGCGACGGCACUUAUCACUUACAAAGCUUGGGAACACAGGCGAUUCGUUCACGACUACUUGCGUGCUGCAUCUUGCAGGUCCCCGGCUGAGAAGGUCCUGUUCUUACUCGUUGAGUCUGGAGUAGCAUACUGUCUUAUAUGGGUAAGUUUGGAUUCU